UGUAAAAUGGCGGCGUGAGGAGGGCCCGGCUUUUAAUUUUGAAAAAGACAGACCGUACUCGUUUUCACCCUCACGUGAACUGAUUGUUGGGACGUAUAUUGUUUUGUUUUAAGAAAGGAGAGUCAAUAUUUCGAAGAAGAAAAAACAUCCCAUCACUCAACUGACCCGUCUGAUUGAUUGACGUCUGGUGUAAGGUGCCAGUUACCAGUAUGGCGAAGAGGAUUGCGGACAAGGAGCUGACGGAUCGAAACUGGGAUCAGGAAGAAGACACUGAGGAGGCGGGGACGUUUUCACUGGCCAGUGAGGAUGUGCUGAAGAACAGACCCAUCAAGAAAGCCAAACGCCGUGCCAUUGGUGGAGAGAGUGAGGCCCCCGGUGCGUUUAAGGGCUUCAAGGGUUUUGCCCUGUCGACCUCCUCCUCUCCGGCGGCGGCUCCCCCCUCCUUCUCUGGCUUUGGGAACGGCGCCUCCUUCAAGCCCCUGGGCGGCCUGACCAACGGCAGCAAUGGAGGAGCUGCCCCCAUAUCCUUUGGUGGCUUCUCCUCUCCUGCCACCACCAAGACCUCCACCGCACCUGGCUCAUUGACAUUCAACGGCCCCUCCUCCGCCGCUCCCCCGUUGGCCCUCUCCUUUAACGGCUCCUCCCCCGCCUCUGUCUCGGCGUCGUCAUCGGCAACAACAGCAUCCUCCUCCUCCCUCUCAGCAGCAUCAGCACCACUGAGCAGCAGCGUGGGCAGUAGCAGCAGCAUCAUCAUCAGCAGCAUCAGUACCGCCAGCUCCUCCACCACCACCGGCAGCUCCGAGUACCGGCGGCAGCUGACAGCGCUCAACUGCUCGGUGCGCGACUGGAUCACCAAGCACGUGAACGGCAACCCGCUGUGCGACCUGCAGCCCAUCUUCCGCGACUAUGAGCGGCACCUGGCCAGCAUCGAGAAGCAGUAUGGCGCCGGGGGCGCAGGGGCACUGGGGGCAGGACUGGGGGCAGGACUGGGGGGCUCGAGUGGCACAACAGCCCUGGGUGCCAAGAACCAGGCAGCAGCCGCAGCAGCAGACGGGCUGAAGGAAGGGGGACUGCAGAUCAGCAGCACAGCCAGCAGUAGCAGCAGCAGUACAGGCACCACCUCCACAGCCAAGACAGGCACCACCAGCAGCAGCACUGCUGCCCCGUCUCUCUUCAGCUUCGGAGGGAGCAAGGACACCACCUCCACCUCCUCCUCCUCGACCUCCACCACCUCCUCUCCCGCGGGUAUCACCUUCAACUUUGGCCAGAAGGUGGACAGCUCUGUGCUGUCCUCGCUGGGCUCUGGCGGAGCCCCCACCUUCUCCUUCUCCACCACCUCCACCUCCUCGCUAUCUGCCGGAGCACCAUCGUUAACGCCGUCCCUGUCCACCUCCUCUUCCUCGGCCGCCCCCUCGCUGUUCGGAGGGCUGGGGUCUGGGAGCGGCACCUCUGCAGCACCCUUCUCCUUCUCCCUGGCCAAGGCACCCAGCACCGCGGCGGCGCCGGCAGCAGCACCCAGCACAGAUGUGAAUGGAGCUGAUGAGGAUGAGGAGCCUCCUGUUCCUGUGGUGCGAGAGAUCAAAGAGAAGGACGCCUUCUACUCCAAAAAGUGUAAGCUGUUCUAUAAGAAGGAGAGUGAGUUUAAGGAGAAGGGUGUGGGUACUCUGCAUCUGAAGAUGGCGGCUGAGGACAAACUACAGCUGCUGGUCCGUGCAGACACCAACCUGGGCAACAUUCUCCUGAACAUCAUGGUUCCGUCCAGCAUGCCGUGCUCGCGCACGGGCAAGAACAACGUGAUGGUGGUGUGCGUGCCCAACCCGGCGGUGGACGAGAAGAACCCCAGCACGCCCGUGCCCAUGCUGAUCCGGGUCAAGACGGCCGAGGACGCAGACGAGCUGCACAAGCUGAUCCUGGAAAAGAAGGGAUAGAGAGAGAGGAGAAGGGAAAGAGAGAGGACCACACACACGUUCUCCCUUACCGACCACUCAAGACUCUUACUGUCCUCCCCAACACGCAUACAGCCCCCCACACAUACACACACACACACUCUACCAACAACUCAGACUCUUGGUACACACACCUACUGAACACAAUCGCCCACGCCGAACAGGCCUUCUGAACACACAGCCCCAUCCACAUUUCCAUCCCCUACUGAGCGCUCACACCUCCCCCUACCAACAACUCACUCAACAGACCUACUGAACUCACACACAGCGCCCACCACUUACCAUCAACUCAGACUCUUACCCCCACUGACACACCUACUUCUACUACUACACACACACGCGUCCUCCACUUCCAAUAACUCAAAACUCUUAAUACCCCCUCAACACGCCUACUGAAGACACGCACCCCGUCACCAACAACUCUGAUGCUUAUUACCUCCCCUCUACAGACCUACUGAACACACCUCUCCCUCCCUCCCUUCCGAAAUGCUCACUCUUCCAUUCAUCAUGAUGGAUUCCAGCACUUAAGACUGCCACACUACCCCAUAUAAACACAACUAGGCCCAAACGUAUACAACAACAAACCAGUGCACAGCCAUCACAUAGAUCCCAACACACCAGACUCUGUAGUUCUCUCCUACCCCACUGGGCAGUCCUCCCCCCGCAUUAUACCAGGCUAUCUAUAUCUAUCUAUAUCCAUCAAUAUCUAGACCUCCACCUAGGCGUUGAGAUGGGCCUGCUUUUACUCCAGACUACACACUAGCCCUAUAUAUGUACCAAACUCCUGCCCACCAUUAUUUAAGACUCCAUCCAACUUUCCUAUUGAACAUCCUCAGACUCUCCCCACCCUGGCCCAGAUGUGCCCUACAUCCAUUUACUGACUGAAGAUCACUCGGCCACUCUAAACAGGACUAAUAAGACACCCCUACACCUAUUUACUGACACCCUCCCCUCCCCCCACGCACACACACACCUUUCUCCAGCUGCAUCUAUUGGUCUUAUAGUCCCUCUCCACACCCACCUACGGUCGUGCAUUGAUUACAAAUCUGGCUCACGACGCACCACGUUCUGUUUCCCCCCCACCAGUCAAGAGCUGGCUAUGUGUUUCAAAAUGGAAGAGGAAAGGGACUCUUAUUUUAAUGUUCUACUUUUUUUCCUUUUUUUUAAAGAAACGUUUAGUUGUAACGUUCAGUUCAUGCAAAGGAUGGCUCACAACUGCAGGCUCACCUGCCUGAAUGCAGUCGACUAGGGCACAGUCCGAAACGCUCACUCCUUCACCAGGUAGCACAAAAGGGUAGUUAUUUUCCACACUGCACGCGCUCCCUUAUUGUUGGUGCGUCUCGGAAGUAGUCGGACAAUGUAGCGAAUAGAUCACACUCAGUUCCCAACUCGGUUUCUUCUUUUCAUUCACCCAUUGCCAUCUUAGACAGUAUGGGAUGUAAAUCACAGCAUCCAUGACAAUAUGAUUCGAUGUCAAUUUCUUAAGGCAGUGAUUCGAUACUUAAGAAUGCCCUACGAUACGAUUGGAUUAGAUUUUUUCCAAUUACUUUUCCACUUCUAUUAUGUUGUACAGCUUGGGCAUUGGGCAGGGGCCAGCGAUUCGAUUAUUUACAAUACUUAAGAAUGCCCCACGAUACGAUACGAUGUGAUUUGGUCGUCGGCCAUUGGAUCAAUGCAUCAAUACAUAUCGAUUAUUAUUUACAUCCUCUUGAAGCUGAACCGUCUGUCUAACCCGGCAAUGGAUGAUUUUUUUUAAAAGAUUAGAAAUUUAGUGUGCUCUAUUCCCUACAUUGUCAGCCGACUGUGGUAGGGGACAGAGCAGUGUAAUUCACACCCUAUGGAAGUCACCUAUGGAGUGCAUGGGAGCAGUUUUGGGUGCGGCCUAUAAGGAACCAGGCGUGGUAGGGCCUGCUGUCAACGAACAUUCCUUCCUGUUUUAGCCCCCGCCCCUUUUCGUCUCCCCGCUGCUAUCUGUUAAAUUAAGAGAUUAGAUACAAGGGUGAAUCUGAAACAAACAAAAAGAAACGUUUCAUUUUUUUAAUUUUUGAAACAAGGACAUUUUUUUAUGGUUUUUGUGUUAUAUUUUUGGUUCGGUUUUUUUUCCCCCACCUGUUUGCUAAUGUCAGGUUGGAUAGAGUUUGAAAGCGUUGACAUGAUGAACAUUGAGUGUUUGUGUGUGGAGUUCUCUUUGGCAUGAAUGUUUAUUUUAUUUUUUUUCUGCUCGCCAGGCUUGCACUUUCUAUGAUUUAAACAAACGAAAAACAACAACAAAAUGGCGGCCAUGAUGGCAGCUUUUGCAAUCUGCAUCUGUUGAGUGAAGAGACGGGACUGUUGUGCGAUGUGCAUGUGUUUUGUGAAGACUGUAUGAAAGGUUUUCUUUUCUUCUUUUCACCUGUAGAUUAUUUUGUAUAAUCGGUGAUGUUGAAUGAUCUUUUAGAAUAGUUUUAGACGCAAUGGAUUUGCGGUCCCUGCGUUAAUGCUCGUUAAAUCUUUCGUGUGUGUGUGUGUGCGUGCGUGUGUGUGUGUGUGUGUGUGUGUGUGUGUGUGUGUGUGUGUGUGUGUGUGUGUGUGUGUGUGUGGAUGUGUCUUUGCUGUAGUUGACUAUUUAUUCUUCAAUGGAGGUCAAACAUUUGCCCCUCUCCUGUUCAUUGGGUGAAAAUGGACGCUGUGUAUUCCCCACCCCCUCCACAUUCUUCCUCCAUAAACAGAGUAGCAUGGAGCAUCGUCUUUCUCCAACCCCAUUGUGGAUAAUUGCCAUCAGUCCCAUCGUCUCUCUGUGGCUCCAUUCACCAACUCAUUGUGGAUCCAGUGGAGGGUUUUUUUUGGUUUUUGAUUGUAUUAUUAUUAUUUUAACUUGAAUUUUUAUUGCUCCCUUUUUUUUGUCCAAGUGACCUUUGUAAGGCCUUUACCGAUGACAGCGCCCGGCAACAUCUGUAGAUUUGAUCAAUUGGAGAAUAAACAACAUCAAACUGA